AUGGUUGAAGCAAAAACUUUUUACACAAACUACGCCAUUAGACGUGGGUUUGGCGUGCGGACUAGAACUUCUAAAAAAGAUAAAGACAACAACGUCUACUAUCUCAGAAUAGUUUGUUCAAGGGAGGGAAAAUAUGUGUCUUCGGUCAAACCAGUGGUAAAAACACUUCCAAGUCAAAUUAACCAAUGUCCUGCUGGGAUAACCAUUGCAAAGAAGGAGGACAAGUGGUUUAUAAGGACCGUUGUUCUGGACCACAACCAUGAUCUUUGUCCAAAUAACUCCAAACUAUUUGCAGCCAAUAGAAAGUUAAGCAUGCAUGCAAAACACACGUUGCAGGUCAACCACGAUGCUGGAGUUAGGUUAAAUAAGAGUUUCCUUAGCAUUGUGAACGAUGCGGGGGGAUAUGAAAACAUGGACUUUGUAGAUGUGUAUAAAGAGACAGGGUUCCACGAAGAUUUCUUUGAUUAUGUGGCAUUCGACGAGGUGAUCAAAGUGCUUAGGUUGGAGGUUUAUGUGAAGUAA